UGAAAGUUCCAGAAUUACCCCUGGUAUUUCUCGGCUUGCCAUGGCUUCUGCCAGCACUGUCAAAGGGACUCCACAUCUAUGACAAAAGGAAAGGAAAUGUCAGUCAAAGGAAGCACCAGUUCUGUAGCGGUAGCAACAAUCCAGGAAGGUCCUGCAAAACGGGCGGUACUGGUUAGGGCCAGUAAAAAGCCUAAAGAGGAUAGCGUCAUCAACUCAGGGAAGCCCCAAAUUGUGAAGGAGAUUAGAGCAGUGAUCAUAGACAUUGGCACAGGUUACUGUAAGUGUGGAUUUGCUGGAGAGCCUCGUCCCUCCCAUGUUAUUUCAUCUACAGUGGGCAAGCAUUUCCAGGAGACUGCUAAAACUGGGGACAAUCGCAAAGAAAGCUUUGUUGGAAAAGAACUUCAGGAUGUGAAAAUACCCCUAAAACUGGUCAACCCCUUGAGACAUGGCAUAGUUGUUGAUUGGGAUUGUGUCCAAGACAUUUGGGAAUACAUUUUCCACAAAGAGAUGAAGAUUCAGCCAGAGGAGCAUGCUGUGCUGGUAUCAGACCCUCCACUGAGUCCUACCACCAACAGGGAGAAAUAUGCCGAGAUGCUGUUUGAAACGUUCUGCACUCCUGCCAUGCAUAUCGCCUACCAGUCCAGAUUAUCUAUGUAUUCAUACGGAAAGACCUCCGCUCUUGUGGUAGAAAGUGGCCAUGGCGUUUCAUAUGUGGUCCCUAUCUAUGAAGGUUAUACUAUGCCAAGCAUUACUGGACGCGUAGACUAUGCUGGAUCAGACCUUACCCAUUACCUUAUGAAGUUAUUAAAUGAGGCGGGGAAAACAUUUACUGGGGAACAACUAAGUGUGAUAGAAGACAUCAAGGAAAAGUGUUGCUAUACGUCUCUGGACCUUCAGCAUGACAUGAGUUUGCCUCUCCAGAAACAGCAAGUUGAUUAUGAACUUCCAGAUGGGCACCUAAUUUCCAUUGGCAAAGAGAGAUUCCUGUGUGCUGAAAUGCUCUUUAAACCAUCCUUGAUAGGAUCACAGCAGCCAGCGCUUCCAUUGCUGACAAUGACCUGCCUCAGUAAAUGUGAUGUUGAUCUCAAGAAGAAGCUGAUGGGCAAUAUCUUGCUGUGCGGAGGUUGUACCAUGCUGAGGGGUUUCCCUGACCGCUUCCAGAGCGACCUGACCAAGAUGUGCCCCAAUGAUGACCCCAUUGCAGCAGCAUCCCCUGACAGAAAGUCUUCUGUCUGGACUGGAGGGUCAAUUUUGGCAUCACUCAAGGCCUUUCAGCAGCUCUGGGUUUACAGAAGAGAAUAUGAAGAAAAGGGUCCUUUCUUCAUCUACAGGAAAUGCUUUUGAGUACAGAGGGGAUAGGAUUGAGCCUAAAAUCAAUACUGCCACCCAGAGGGGACUGUAGAUGUCUAAGAACCUCUGUUUCUUUCUCAGAUACUGGUAACAAACCAAGCUGCUAAACUGAAGUUUGGAUCUGUGUUCCGCUGUGGCUCUAUUAAAUGCUCAUAGCAUUCUGUGUUGUACAUUAA